AUGGCCGAAUUAACAUCAGCACAAAAAAACAUCGAUAUCGUCAAGUCACACAAAACACCAGAAGGUUCGACAGAAGUCCUCAACAAAAUCCACGAGGAAACAAAAAAACUGUCGAACCAACUUGACGAAUUAAGAAGGGGGAUUUCUGAAGCUCGAGCAGAAAACCACCAACAAGCUCGGGCUGAAAACACCUUAACAACAGAAACCCUCCAAAAUAUUGUCCAAUCCAAAACAGAGGAGACCAAAAACCACAUUACAAAUAAAUUUGAACAAGAGUGUAAAACCAUCAGGGAUAACAUUAAACACUCAAUAACAACCAUCGCACCUCCCACCACUCCACCAGGACAGGGAGAGGCUCUGCUCGCGGAAAAGCUCCAGCCGCUGGUGGAAAAAAUGGAGUCCAUGAGUUCGGAACUGAGAACAAUCCGAACUCAGAAGGACAGAACACCAUCACCAGUGAAAACUCUACAACAAGAACUGGAGCAAACCGCCAUAAACACCACACAACAGGUCGGUCCUUUAACAUAUGCGGCAGAAACGCGCGGGCCCCAUUCCCAAAACAACCACCCACAGCCCCAAAGACCCUAUCAACCACCCCGCCCAACACCAAACUUUACUCUAAUAGUAUCAUCCUCAAACCCCAACAACACCGGGGAAACCAUCCUGGAAGAAAUUAGAGAGGUGCUGGAUACAAAGAACACCGGCGCCAGGGUGGAUAGGGCAAAAAAAGCUAAAAACCAAAAGAUCAUAAUAAAAUGCCGUACAAAAGAGGACCUCAACUUAGUACAACAGAGAGUUCAAACAAAUAAAACACAAAUCCCAAAAACAAACGACCCCUUGGUGGACCUGCGAAGGUCCGCCUGGGUUGCGACUGCCCUUCCAUCGGAGCCUGGUGCCAUAACAGCUUGCUGUGUUCCGUCUGCGUGUGGAAGUUCCAGUGCCUUAGGGCAAUCUCCAGGUAAGCUCGCUCCAUCUUAG